AUGGCCUUUGCUGGAACCAAGUGGAGACUCGUGCGACGCCAUGGGCGGGCCCUGGGGGAGCCCGAGGCUGUUGCUGACGCCGAUGAUAAGGGAGGGACAUGGUCGGCAUGUACUUUUUUUUGCCUCCCUGAACCCGGUGAUUCAGCAAAGGUCUAUCCCUCCUCCUCUCUCACCUCGGUACCCAGUCUAGGGUCUAGGAUCAGAGUUUCCGCGACGAUGGACAGUAUCCCAUCCAAGAACUUGGUCGCAAUCCUGGAUGAUACGCGGCAACAGUCGAUAAUUGCGCACACCAGACUCCGGCGGCCGGUCAUCUAUUCCGUGUGGAGGGGUCGAUACUGA